UGCGCUUAAAUAUGACGCAAUAAGUAAGCGACAGCAAACAAAUGAGACCGAUUGUUUGACAAGUGAUUUUUUUUUAUAUCGUUGUUGUAGCGGUGCAACUUGUUUCACUAUUGCAGAAAUGUGGUAAUGUAUGUGCUUUUAUGUGUUUCUAUUGGCGAGUUAUCGUUACUGGAAGAACGAGUUAAACUAGUGUUUCUGUGCAGACCGAUCGCUUUUUCAGCCAUGGAAAUAACAGGACUAACCAUUUGUGUUGGUAGCUAGUCAGCUUACAAUGCCAGCAAGCUUGUUCACCCCUCCUACGUUAUCGUGGCUCUUCUGUGUUUUGAUACAACAUUCACAGACAUGACGACAAACAGAGAAAUAGCCUUGCCUUAUCCAACACGCAAAAGUAGUUCCAAGUUAUAUUGUAUACAUGGCUGAGCGCCGAAGACGUGGAUGUCGAUUAUGGCACCGCUCUGAUUGAGGGGCUGGGUUAAAUGCGGAAGACACAUUUCAGUUGAAUGCAUCCAGUUGUACAGUUUACUAGGUAUCCCGCCCCCCUCUUUCCCUUCCCAUACUAGCUAGGUAACUGGGGCGGCAGGUAGACUAGCGGUUAAGAACGUUGGGUAACCGAAAGGUCGCUGGUUCGAAUUCCCAAGCCGACUAUGUGCCUAAUACGCCCGUAAGCAAGGCACUUAACCCUAAUUGCCCCUGUAGUCGCUCUGGAUGAGGCCGUCUGCAAAAAAAAAAAAAAAAAGACAUGUGAAACAAUAGAGUUUGCCAGUUUAUAGUCCCAUAAACGAGGAACCUCUGGUUGUCAUUCAUAUGGGGAAACGGUUUUGGGAUGAACGCCGAAAAUAAGGUCUGAGGUUUAGGUUAACACCGGUUUAGGAGAUCGUAUGCGUUUUUUCUAUGAGAAGUCAGUUAACAUGAUCGUGAAUUAUGAAGCCAUAUGUGCUUUAUGUACUUUUUAAAAAUUACAUGCAUGUUUAACAAUUCAAAGUGACGUUAGCUGAUUGAUGAUCUCUUGGAACAAAACGUAUACGACCUCCUAAACCUGUGUUUACCUACCUUAUUUUCAGCGUUUAUCCAAUGACCCCCCCCACCUCAUUUUUAUUUAUUUAUUACCCAUGAAAAUCUUUGUCCAACGAACCGUGACGGAGUUAGUGCCUAGGCGCCAUUAUUAUUGCUCUCUCUAUACCCCAUGUCCCGGACUCAAGGUGCAUAUAAGUAUGCCCCCAAUCCACACCCACAGUGCGAUUUCAACUUUUUUUUGUUGGUCAGAUGAACUUUUGUUUUUUGUUGAAUUUAUAUAAAAACCUUGUGUAGCAUUACUUUGUCCAAAUAUGACAUGAUUCCACUAUUUGUAGCCGUUUGCAUCACUUUUAAAUUGCGGGGCUUUUUUAUUUUGAAAGCCAACAGAAAAUUCCACUUGUGGCUAAUCCUUAUUGUGGCUAACUUCACAUGGGCGGUAACUUGCUUGCAAGCUAACGUCCAACAGCAACUGAACUUGUCAGUGAGAUGUUUUAUUUCUUAGACAUAAUCAUUAUUAGCUGUAAUACAUGUUACUUUAGGAAAGGAUUAGCCCUAUAAAUAGUAUGCCAAUAUUAAUUAUAAACAUUUGUUUGAAUAUUGUCUUUAUUUCCGUAAUAUUGUCUUUAUUUAAGUAAUGAUAGACGGUAAAUGUCAGAAUCGUAAAUAUAAAUGUCACAUCAGUAUCCUAGUUGUAGUGGAAGCAAAGAAAGGAUUACCUCAGACCUAACAUGACGACCAAAAUGGCUCCGCACGUGCGCUUGUUGAGUUUGUCUAUCCCACCAGACAUGAUCAGGACAAGCAGGUCGAAAUAUCAAAACGAACUCUGAACCAACUAUAUUAAUUUGGGGACAGCUUGAAACAUUUAUCUAGCCAGCUUGCUAUUUCUAGCAAUUUGUCCUGGGAUAUAAAUAUUGGCUUGUUAUUUUACUUGAAAUGUACAAGGUCUCUUUUUGCUGGAUCUUUGUAGAAUAUCAACCAAUUUUUAGUCACAUAAAAUUGUGUGUUCUCUACUCGGACAAUGAGUCCACAGAUAAAGGGGGAACCUAUAUAGUUUCUAGUAAUCUCUACUAGUUCAGUCGUCUUCUGUGGAUUUAUAUGGUGGAGGCUGGUGAGGGGACAGGCUCACGCUACAGGACAGGCUCAUUGUAAUGGCUGGAAUGGAAUUAAUGGAACACUAUCAAACACAUAUGGAAACCACAUUUUUUUACACUGUUCCAUCUAUUUCACUGCAGGAGCUGAGACCAAUGUAGCUGCCUGAAUGGCCCUGCAUCCUCCCCCUACCUUCCAACCUCCACCUCUCCCUGAUUCUGUCUCUCCUUUUCAUAAAACAAAACGAAGCCAUAGACAUGGAUUGUUAACUACUGCAUGUGUGUCAUGGAUAAAGAAUGAGAAACAUGGAUUCGAUUUACGUUCUUCUCGUCCUCCAUGCUUCGGUUUUGUAUUUUUUUAGCCCCUGCAGACAGGAAAUUUGAGACCUAUACGGGAUGCUACCCUUCACAGCAUAACCUUCACUCCAGAUCAAAAAUCCAAACCUACAACCUAAUUUUGGACAAAAUGACUUGGAAGGAUUAAAGCUACCAUCCAACCUGGAACUGAGACAGACCAGAUACAACUUCAGUUAGCACUGGCGUGUGAGGUGAGGUGUCAAAGCCUUUGAGCCCAACAAAUGGCAGGCUACCCCACCCAAAUUCCAAGGCCUUGAAGCCCCCUCCUGCUGUUCAGAGACCAUCUAUUGGCAUUUUCUACAAGAGAUCUGCCUCCAGAAAAGCUUCUUCCAAGUGGGUGUGACACCUACUUCCGUUGCCUGCUGCACUGCUGCUUGGAUUCCACCUGGUGAUCUGUUCACCAUCUGCCCUGGUUGUCUCCCCCUGGUACAGGUACCCCCCUGAGCUUUCGCUCGCCUCCAGCACACAGGCACUGUUGGGGCGAGUGACUCUGACCUUAUAAUGGCUAGCCCCAAUUCGUUUAUUUUUUUUCUUGUGCAUUUUGCUAUUUAUCUCAUGACUCCUGCAUGCUUUGUUAACUGAACUUUCUUGUUUACCCAACCGUGGGUCAGACUGUUUGUUCCCGCACUCGGGACUCUGACUCUCUAUUGGUUACACGAAUUCUUGGCCUCCCAUCCUAUUCUAACCACCUCUCGCCGGCUUUGUAUUCAUGUUACCGGAUUAAAUGGCUGUGUAAUAUGAUUUUGUCUCCAUCUGAUGCACAUUCAAAUGUAAUAAAUCAUCACUGCAGAGCUCUCCCUGUCCUAUGCCGUUGAUUGAUUGUAUUACUGUUGAUAUCUGGAAAUGUGCAUGUACACCCUGGCCCAUCUACUUGUUGCUAGCCCCAAUUCUGACUUGUGCUCUGAUAUGUUUCACUGAUUUCUGCUCUUGUAAAAGCCUGGGUUUUCUGCACAUUAACUCUAGAAGCUUCUUACCUAAAAUGGAUCAAUUGAAAGUGUGGGUUCACAGCUCCAAUCCAGGUUUUUGGUUAUUACUGAGACGUGGUUAAGUAAGCGUGUUUUGAAUACUGAUGUUAACCUUUCUGGUUAUAACCUUUCUUGGCAAGACAGAUCUUCCAAAGUUGGAGUGGCAAUCUUUACCAAGGAUCACCUUCAGUACUCAGUUGUUUCCACCAAAUCUGUCCCCAACAAUUUUAUUUGCUUGUUUUUAAGCGUUAAACUUUCAAAUAGCUCUGACUGUUGCUGGGUGCUAUCAUCCUCCAUCAGCACCGGCCUGUACCCUACCUGCACUAAGCUCUCUCCUGGUCCCUUACACUAAGUCUGAAUUUGUACUGCUAGGUGACCUAAACUGGGACAUGCUUAAACCACCUGACCAAGUCCUAAAGCAAUGGGACUCCCUAAAUCUUUCUCAGAUUAUUACCAAUCUCACAAGAUAUGACUCCAAACACCCAGAAAAGGCUACUCUCCUUGACGUUAUUCUCACAAAUAAUCCUGAUAGGUAUCAGUUUGGUGUUUUUUGUAAUGACCUUAGUGAUCACUGUUUUACAGCUUGUGUUCCUAAUGGCUGCUCAGUGAAACGACCUGUCCUGAUUUGUCAUAGACACUUGCUAAAAAAACAUUAAUGAGCAAGCCUUCCUUCAUGACCUGGCCUCUUUAAAUUGAUAUAGAAUCAGCUUGAUCCCCCCCCUCUGUCGAAGAUGCUUGGUCCUUAUUUUUGGAUCAUUUUAGUGAUAUUGUUAACCUCUCUGGGAUAUGUGGGACAAAAGCGUCCCAUAUGGCCAACAUCCAGUGACAAUGCAGAGCACCAAAUUCAAAUAAAUUACUAGAAAAAUUUUACUUUCAUGAAAUCACACAUGCAAUACACCAAAUUAAAGCUACACUUGUUGUGAAUCCAGCCAACGUGUCAGAUUUCAAAAAGACUUUACGACGAAAGCACACCAAACGAUUGUUAGGUCAGUACAUGGUCACAGAAAAACACAGCCAUUUUUCCAGCCAAAGAGAGGAGUCACAAAAAGCAGAAAUAGAGAAAAUUAAUCACAAACCUUUGAUCUUCAUCAGAUGACACUCAUAGGACACUCAUGUUACACAACACAUGUAUGUUUUGUUCGAUAAAGUUCAUAUUUAUAUAAAAAAAUCUGUUUACAUUGGCGCGUUACAUUCAGUAAUGUUUUGCUUCCAAAACAUCCGGUGAUUUUGCAGAGAGCCACAUCAAUUUACAGAAAUACUCAUCAUAAAUGUUGAUGAAAAUACAAGUGUUAUGCAUGGAACUUUAGAUCCACUUCUCCUUAAUGCAACCGCUGUGUCAGAUUUCAAAAAAUCUUUAUGGAAAAAGCACGCCAUGCAAUAAUCUGAGUUCAGAGCCCAAACAAGCCAUACAGAUAUCCGCCAUGUUGUGGAGUCAACAAAGUCAGAAAUAGCAUUAUAAAUAUUCACUUACCUUUGAUCUUCAUCAGAAUGCACCCCCAGGAAUCCCAGUUCCACAAAUGUUUGAUUUGUUCGAUAAAGUCCAUUUAUGUCCAAAUACCUCCUUAUUGUUUGCGCGUUUAGUACACAAUCCAAACUCACAACGCACGGGCAGGUCCAGGUGAAAGUUAUAACGAAAAGUCAUAUUACUGUUUGUAGAAACAUGUAAAACUAAGUAUAGACUCAAUCUUUGGGAUGUUUUUAUCAAAUCUUCAAUAAUGUUCCAACCGGAGAAUUCCUUUGUCUGUAGAAUUGCAAUGGAACGGAAGCUACGUGAACGCGCGUGACCAGCUCAUGCCACUCUGGCAGUCCUGUGACUCAUUCAGCUCCCAUUCCCCCCUCCUUCACAGUAGAAGCAUCAAACCAGGUUCUAAAGACUGUUGACAUCUAGUGGAAGCCUUAGGAAGUUCAAUAUGCCCCCAUUUUCACUAUCUUGGAUAGGCAAAGACUUGAAAACCUACAAACCUCAGAUUUCCCACUUCCUGGUUGGAUUUUUCCUCAGGUUUUUGCCUGCCAUAUGAGUUUUGUUAUACUCAGACAUCAUUCAAACAGUUUUAAACUUCAGAGUGUUUUCUAUCCAAAUCUACUAAUAUAUGCAUAUUCUAGAUUGUAGGACUGAGUAGCAGGCAGUUUACUCUGGGCACCUUUUUAUCCAAGCUACUCAAUACUGCCCCCUGUCCCAAAGAAGUUAACAAACACGCCCCCAUAAAGAUAAAUUGGCAUUAAAAACAAUUUCAGUCCUUGGUUCGACUGUGAUCUUGCAGAUUUACUCCACCUCAAGAAUUGCAUUUGGCGAAAGGCUCAACACAUGCAUACUCAGGCUGUGACAGGCUCUUGUUCAGGCAAAUGAGAAAUAUGUGCACUCAGGCUAUCCGGAAGGCCAAAGUUAGUUACUUUAAGGAGCAGUUAUCUCUCUGUGGGUCUAACCCCAAAAAGUACUGGAAAAAUGGUUAGACCUGGAUCCUAACUGUUAUAGGCCUAUUUCUAUUUUGCCCUGCUUAUCAAAGCUUGUCAAUAAUCAACUGGCUUUCUUGAUGUCUAUAGUAUUCUCUCUGGUUUCGGCUCAGGUUAUGGAUGUGUCACUGCAACCUUAAUGGGCCUCAAUGAUGUCACCAUUGCCCUUGAUUCUAAGCAAUGUUUUGCUACUAUUUUUAUUGACUUGGCCAAAGCUUUUGAUACGGUAGACCAUUCCAUUCUUGUGGGCCGGCUAAGGAGUAUUGGUGUCUCUGAGGGGUCUUUUGAUCUGGUUUGCUAACUACCUCUCUCAAAGAGUGCAGUGUAUAACGUCAGAACAUCUGCUGUCUCAGCCACUGCCUGUCACUAAGGGUGUACCCCAAGGCUUGAUCCUAGGCCCCACGAUCUUCUCAAUUUACUAUACUCAGCUGGCCCCUCCCUGUAUUUUGUGUUAAACGCUCUACAACAAAGCUUUCUUAGUGUCUAACAAGAUUUCUCUCCCCUUAACCUUGUUCUCAACACCUCCAAAACAAAGGUCAUGUGGUUUGGUAAGAAGUAUCCCCCUCCCCACAGGUGUGAUUAUUAUCUCCUGAGGGUUUGGAGCUUGAGGGAGUGACCUCAUACAAGUACUUGGGAGUAUGGCUAGAUGGUACACUGUCCUUCUCUCAGCAGAUGCUGAAGCUGCAGGCUAAAGUUAAAUCUAGACUUGGUUUCCUCUAUCGUAAUCGCUCCUCUUUCAUCCCAGCUGCCAAACUAACCCUGAUUUUAGAUGACCAUCUUACCCAUGCUAGAUUACGGGGAUGUAAUUUAUAGAUCGGCAGGUAAGGGUGCUCUCGUGCGGCUAGAUGUUCUUUACCAUUCGGCCAUCAUAUUUUGCACCAAUGCUCCUUCUAGGACACAUCACUGCACUCCUAUACUCUUCUGGUCAUCUCUGUAUAUCUGUCACAAGUCCCACUGGUUGAUGAUUAUUUAUAAAACCGUCUUAGGCUUCACUCCCUACUCUUUCCUAUCUGAGAUUUCUACUGCAGCGGUCAUCCUCCACAUGCAACACCCGUUCUGCCAGUCACAUUCUGAUAAAUGUUCCCAAAGCACAGACAUCCCUGGGUCGCUCAUCUCUUCAGUUCGCUGCAGCAACAAACGGCACAGUUUUAUUUCAAUCUCUUCAUUCAAAGACUCCAUCACAGAUACUCUUACUGACUGUUGUGGCUGAUUUGCGUAAUGUAUUGUCUCUACCUUCCUGCCAUUUGUGCUGUUUGUACCAUGUCUUGUGCUGCUACCAUGCUAUGUUGUCUUAGGUCUCUCUUCAUGUUGUGUUGUCUCUUGUCGUGAUGUGUGUUUAGUCCUUUUUUGAAAUUUAAUUUUAAUCCUAGCCCUCAUCCCCGCAGGAGGCCUUUUGGUAGGCCGUCAUUGAAAAUAAGAAUUUGUUCUUAAUUGACUUGCCUAGUUAAAGAAAUUCCAUUCCAGCCGUUACAAUGAGCCCGUCCUCCUAUAGCUCUUCCUACCAGCCUCCACUACUGGUUGGCAACCAACUUUAAGGUGCAUUACUGCAACUAACUGGACUGGAGUCUGGACCGCUCAUCUUUCAAUCACCCACAUGGGUAUAUGCUCCUAAAAACCGAUGGUGAGGCAGGUCAAGUGUCUAAAAUAGAACAAAAUACAACCCAAGUUAUAUUUUAGUGGCUGGAUAUAGACGCUCGCUUAAAAUGAUUGAAUAACAUGUACGUGUACAUUUAUUUUGCAGCGCACGCAAUGCGUCCGGUGUGGUCAGCAUGUAACUAGUGCCUAUUGAAGUAUCUUUUUUCCUGGGGGACUUUUGUUUUGAAGAGCCCCGACGCUCAUUCUGAAAGUCAACACGUAUCACUUGCGGUACUGUUUUGGAAACACGAGUUCCUUUCAUAUUAGCAAUAAAUAAUUUUCAGAACAUGAUGUUAAAGCUGUAAUGUGACUUUUGGGGGACCCGAUCAAAUUCACCUAAAUGUGUUUAUAGAUCUGUCAUCGAAAGCAAGUCCUAAGAAGCGAUAGAUCUGUUCUAUGUGCACUAUUUCUAUGCUUCCCAUUAAGUUAUUUUUUUUGCCUCUUACUUUAGGUUUUGAACACCAGCUGAAAAUACAAUAUUUUUGGUUAUGGAAAAGAUUUCACAUGGUACAAUGAUUCUCUACACUACACUUGCUUGUCACAAACUAAAAUCACUUGGUCACAAACUAAAUUUACACGAUCUAUUAGAUUUUUAACAACCAAGAAAUAGUGGAGCGAUUUCUGCAUAGUGCAUCUUAAAUUACUACACAUGGCCAUAUCUCCAUGUUACAGCGGGUGUUUACUGAAGACUGAGGCGGCACCUGUGCUAAUUAGCUAUGUAGUAUGCUCAACACUUGUGUAGCGGAAGAAGGCCUUUUCACAAAACUGCGGCGCAGCUGUGAUAAAGCCGGUUAAAACAGUGUACAGAAAGUGUAUAUUUUCCAUUUGUGAAAUUAUUUGGAUGUGAUAUGAAAGUUAAGGGCUUUAUGCUUCUAACUGUUUUUCAAUUGAGAAUCGAUUCAUGUUUAGAUGGAGUUUUUGGCUGCCAGUUUUGGCUGCCACAAAUAACCUAUAUCCUUGGACCUAAAGAAGUAACUGUAGGCUCUCCUACACUCCUUAAGAGUACGUUCUUGAGCUAGGAAAAUAUUAGAUAUCUGUGAUGGGGGCAACGUUUGACAACGCAGGUCAUACCACUUUCUUCUAAUAUGCCUAGCUAUCUAUCUACACAGUAUUGUUGUCAUCAAAUUGCACAGAGUAGUACGUUCAUUUCACACACUAAUUGUUAAUUUUACACAUUUAGCCUAACACGGCUCUUUACUUGAAUGCAGCUUCUUCCUUGGCUCCUAAGAAGAUUUGUCCAAGCAGGUUGUGAGAAGACCACCCUAGGAACUGAAUGCUUGUUGGUACGGUGUAUGUUCACAAAUCCGCCAAUCCGGAGUACUGCUUAGGGAAGCAUAGGCGGAGCAGCAAGGCCUAGUCCCUGAGACUCUACAUUCUCCACCAUCUGAGAGACUGGGGUGACUCAUCUAGAGUCCAUCCACUGGGGAGCUCCAUGGUUCAGGGCCCCUGAAGGGCUGGGACCAGCACUGAGGGCCAGAGGCAGCUGUGAUGAGAUGGGGUAGGGGCUGAGGACAGAGGCAUGGUUCAUAACGGCUCAGGUGGGCACCUGCCGGCACAGGUGGGCACCAAUGGCCGCUCUUCUGAGAGGAAGAGGACACCGAAGGCAUGUGAAUGCUGUGGGCCCAACUCCAAGCUCCAUGAUGGGAAGGCCCCACAUGGGAAGAAUCGGGGUGGCAAGUCCCGACAACGCAGGGCCCAGCCGGGCAAGGGCCAGGCACUGGGGGAGACCCCUAAGAGAAAGCGUGGUCGCCCAUCUUAUAAGAAGACCCUGAUGACAGAGGAGCAGGUAACAGCUAUCCGAGAGGAGCUGGAGAAAGACUCUGCUGUGGAGCAGGUAACGAACUCUUUGGCUUCACCUGUAACCAACUCUGUUGAUCAACCUCAAACUGUAACAAACUCUAUGGGUCAACCCUUAUUGAAGUCUAUGGGUCAGAAGUUAACGUACACUGUGGUUAAACUGGUGAAUAAGUCUGUGGUUCAACCGGUAAUGACAUCAGUGGUUGAGCAUUUUGCUGAUUCAAUGAUCGAGCAGGAGAGAGCCUGUGAAGGGGCUGUGAGUGAGGGGGAGAAGUCCACUGGUUCUGGUUCAGUCAAACAGCCGGUUAUAGACCCUAAGAUGGAGGUCCUAAAGCAGCCCCCACCCCAGGCUGGUGACCCAGCUGUCUUCCUUUCCAACGGUACAUCAGCUGUCAUCAAAGAGGAACCAACAGACUGUAGCGCCCCUAUGGAGGUGCAACCAUCAGCCAUAGCCUGUGUUUCCCCAGGCAUUAUUCUGUGCAGCACCCUCCACCCAUUUGCUCUGUGGGACCACCGAGGUUACUGCAAGAUAGGAGUGUGGGCUCCUAGACCUGAGCAGGGAAGUGCCACAGACCCAGCACAGCAGUCCCAGCCAUCACCACAACAACCCAAACCAGAAGAGGGCAUCCAUGAAGGAUUCAGAGACCUCAUCCAUGAGUUCCUGGAGCUUUUCUAUGUGACGUACGGGAGUUUCUUCCCCCUCAGUGAGACUGAUGUCUUGGAGCACCUGAAGAACAAGUGUAACACGGAUUUCAAUGACAAGAAUCUAAACAUCCAUUUAGAAGUUUUGAAGUACAAAGCGGGUCUAGCCUCCAUCCCUAUGAACUGCUUUAAAGUGGACUACAACAAGCACACUCUGACCCUGGAGGACCUGUCCACACUGGACGAUCAAAACUGGGUCAACGACCAGGUGAUAAACAUGUAUGGUGAAUUGAUCAUGGAGGCUACAGAGCACAAGGUUCAUUUCUUCAACAGCUUCUUUCACAGGCAGCUGGUGGCCAAAGGCUAUGAAGGGGUUAAGAGAUGGACCAAAAAGGUGGAUCUGUUUUCCAAGAGUCUGCUGCUGAUUCCUAUCCACCUGGAGAUCCACUGGUCCCUGAUCACAGUAGACAUGGCCAACCACCACAUCCACUACUAUGACUCACAGGGCAUCGUCUUCAAAUACACCAUAGAGAACAUCAUGAGAUACAUCCUGGCUGAGGCGAAGGAGAAGAAACAAGCUACCUAUCAGAAUGGCUGGAAGAUGAUUAUAAACAAGGGUAUUCCUCAACAGAAGAACGACAGUGACUGUGGAGUCUUCGUAUUGGAGUACUGCAAGUGCCUGGCUUUAAAAGAACCGCUGCAGUUCACACAGGACGACAUGCCCAACGUCCGCAAGAGGAUUUACAAAGAGCUCUGUGACUGUAAACUGAGUGACUGACUGAUCACAGCUGAGAAAGUACACCAACUGUUUGACCGUUUUUGUACAAGGGCCAUUAACACUUUAAAAACACUACUGGAGCCAAGGAGAAACUGAAGGAACUGCUGUAGAGACAAGACAUUUGACUGGUGACAGUCUUUUCUUCAGAGGGCCAGCGGUGCAUAUUCUGCAAUAAUUAUUAUUGUUUUUUUUUAAUUGCCCUGUUUUUAACAUCUUUAACGGGAGAGAGGGACCUGAGACUUUGCAUUCCUUUGGGAGUUGAAGUCCACAAAGUUGCCAUUGUUGACUGACUGACCUGGGUCUGGAGCUAACGCUGCUACUAUGUUUCAGAUGCCAGUAACGGACCUGUAUGUGCUGAUACCGUUUCCUAACUUCAGUUCUUGAAAUGUAAACGGCAGAUUAUAUGGGACAUUAGGUGAAAUGUGAAGGUUCUUGUUAUAUCAUGUAAUCUCCGCCUGACUAGUGCUGUACAGAACAAGAAGUCUCAUCAAAGGCUAGCUUUUUAAUUGAAUGUACUGUUUUGUUACAACUUAAUCUCAAACCGCUCUCUUGGGCUAGAUUCAAUCUGUAUCACGGAAGAUCCGCAUUUUUAAAGGUAAUUUCCAAUUGAGAUGCCGCAUUUACGUGACUGCAGUCUCUGCGAACGCGGGAACAUUGCCUUGAAAUGUAAAUCGAGCUAUAACGUGGAUCUUUCCCGCUAGGGAUUGAAUCCAGCUCUUAGUUCUUGUGAAACUCCUUCGCAUCAAACAGCAGUUGAGACAAGGGCUUAGAUUCAAUGUGGAAGAUCCGAACUAUAGGGAGACUGCCUUUUUAAAGUUCAAUGUUUCCGCAUUCGGUAAACAUUGCAUAUGUCGGCUCAAUCAAAAUUACAUUUACAUUGCGCCAUUACAUGGAUCUUUCAGGAGUUAAGUGGGAGAUAUUUAGUUCCAAUUGGCCAUGCUACUCCACUGAAAAUGGCUUCAUAAACACCGCUCUUUCUGCGUCUGUCAAAUACUGUACACCUUAUUGUUUUUGAACAGCAUAUCUUGACAUGGUGUACUGAGGAAGAAGUAAUGCCUUUUUUUGUAUGAGGGGCUGGCAAGCUAUGGUUCUCAUUGGAGGACCACCAAGCACUCGCGCUGACUCAGUUGGUGUCAGUUACCCAUCUGAGGGAGCUGGUCCACAGACUGGGUGUAGUUGGGGAAACGCUGCUGUAGAACAUGCUAAAGGAAUCCCAUCUAUACCGUUUCAUUCAAGCACACUAGGUACCAUUAGAGAUCAUGUUCACAGCAUUCUCUGUACUAGGGUUAAAUCUGUUUAAUCUUCGUUGAGAGAGACCUUUUGGUUUUUAUUUGAUGUUCUUGAUUUAAGCUGCUGUGGUAAAACCUAAAAUAUUGUAUUGCAAUUUCUUGAAGUAAUACAGGGUUAUACUUACAAAUGGAAACCCAGAGGGGUUAAAUUGGGAUUCUCUAGAUGUGAAAACUGUCCUCAAAUUUCAUGUUAAUAGAAGUUCCCAAUGUAUGUGUCUCAUCCUAAACGGUGGCACUGUUUACUUUCUAAGUUGACCCCUGAAUACAUUCAUACACAUGAUGUAGCUUGUAUGCCUCAGGCAUUCAUUUUCUCUACUUACUCUAUUACUCUGGGUUGUUGCAUGAGGAGGAUGCAACAACCCAGAGGCCCAGACACACCAAACAGAGGGGUAUCCUACGACACAAGCUACAUCUACUCAGGGUUUUCUAAAGCUAACAAGCUUGUGUUAGCUUCACAUUCCAGGUCUGGCUUUUUCUGUACUAGGACGGUGGAUAUUGCUUGUCCGCCUGCCGCUAACUGUAGCAGGCUUCUAACUGCGCGGGCUAGUCGAAUGCCGAACUCUUCAUUGAGACACUGAAACAUCAAUCCAUGGUGCAAUCCGUGCCACAUUUUUCAUUUGUGCCAAAAUUAAAUCUUGCAAAUUCAGCAAGCUAUAGGCUCAAUCCGAAUGGUGUGAAAAGGCUUUUAGAAGUGCCGGCUUAAUUGUAUUAUUGUUAAUGCUGUCUUUGGUGUGCUUAUCAAUGCAUAAGCACCUUUUUCCUUUCCACUCCUAUUGCUAAAAUAAUUGUAUCAAUUUUAUUUAUCAUACUAAACUUUUACUGUGUUAAGUUCAAAAGCAUUCUGUAAUUACAAAAUAAUUUGAUGGGUAUUUUAACAUGUUACUAUAAAAAAAAUGGAUUAAUAAAAUAUUGAAUCAGUCUUUUGCAAAUUAA